GAAGUUGGAACUUGUUAGGUUGGCAAUUGUACUGUUUUUUUUUGACAUAAAUGGUACUGAUCUUUCGUUAAUAAAAACAUUUGUGUUUUUACUUUUAUUCCAUUUAAUAAACACCAAACAACUCCACAAUGGCUUUGGCUAUGCAAAGAAAAGCAAACGUUAGGUUGCCUCCAGAAAUCAACCGAAUUCUUUAUAUCCGUAAUCUUCCGUAUAAAAUAACAGCGGAAGAAAUGUAUGAUAUUUUUGGUAAAUAUGGGGCUAUCAGACAAAUCCGGGUUGGUAAUACACCGGAAACAAGAGGAACAGCUUUUGUCGUUUAUGAGGACAUUUUUGAUGCUAAAAAUGCUUGUGACCAUUUAUCUGGUUUCAAUGUUUGUAAUCGGUAUUUAGUGGUUUUGUAUUAUCAGGCGAGUAAAGCGUUCAAAAAGACUGAUAUUGAGAAGAAACAGGAAGAGAUUGAUAAGAUGAAAUCAAAAUACGGAAUUAAUACAUAAAAAAAUGUUUGCAUUGUACAUAAUUUUAAGUAUUUAAUAUAAAUAAAAUCUAUGAAAACAA